AAAAAUUUAUAAAUAAAAAUGAUGCUAAUAUUUCCAUACAUAAAACAGAUGGGUAUUUCCCGUAUUUUGGACGGGGGUACGAAAAAAUGGCCUAGAUGCGGACGAUAUGUUCCGGUGUUCACGACAUGACGAGUCGCAGCGCAUUGUCCAACGAUUGGAAAGAAACUGGAAUCUGGAGCGCGAGAAACAGACACCUCGAUUCUGGAGGGCGCUGUUCCGCACGUACGCCUCAUAUUAUAUAUUACCGCUUACUGUAUUUAUAUUUGAGGAGUGUGUGAUACGUAUCGGACAACCAUUGCUAUUAGGGUUUGUGAUUGACUUUUUCAGUAAUACCGGGGGAGUAACGUAUCUUCAGGCAUGUCUGGCCGCCGGUGGUGUGUGUUUUUGCUCCGCCCUAUUCAUUACAUUACAUCACCCGAACCUCGUGCUGGUUAUGCGUAUGGGUAUGAGACUAAGGAGCUCGUGUUGUACAUUGAUGUAUAAAAAAUCACUGAAACUGAGCCGCGCGUCGAUGGGCAAGACAACAGUCGGUCAAAUUGUGAACUUAAUGUCCAACGAUGUAAAUAGAUUUGACGAGUUUUCCAUAUUUGUCAGUUAUUUCUUCAUAGCGCCCAUACAGACGGCUAUAACCGUGUAUAUAAUGUACAUCCAUUUGAGUUACUGGUGUUUUGUGGGCGUUGUACUGUUGCUACUAUUCAUACCGUUUCAAUCAUUUAUGGGCAAACAGUUUUCAAAAGUCAGAUUAAUGACCGCGCAGUUAACGGAUAACCGACUUAGGCUAAUGAGCGAGAUCAUUUCCGGUAUGCGUGUAAUUAAAAUGUAUUCCUGGGAACAGUCGUUCGCCGAUCUCGUGGCUGAGGCACGAAAGAGCGAGGUACGUCGAAUACGAAUGGCCUGUUUUCUAAAAGCGAUUAAUUUGUCGGUGUUUUUUGUGGCCUCACGUAUAAUACUAUUCGCGUGUUUUAUAACAUACGUACUGACGGGUAAUGUGUUGACCGCCAAAGCGGUGUUCGUAACGAUGGCUUUGUUUAACACAUUGCGGAUCACAAUGACGUGGCUGUUCCCGCAGGCAAUUGCCCUUGGUGCCGAGCUAUUGGUCUCAUGUCGCCGCAUACAGACUUACCUCGAGUUGGAAGAAAUGGAUUUAAAAUCAUUGAAAUUGAAUGAAAAGGAUAUGCAAUUACGAGCAAAACAAUCGCCAGAAUUGAAUAUCAAUAGCAUUACCGCCAAAUGGAGUGAUGACAGUCCGCACCCAAACCUCCAGAAUAUAUCCGUUCAUUUGAGACCCGGAGACCUGUUGGCUGUGAUCGGGCCCGUAGGCGCUGGAAAGAGCUCAUUAUUGAUGACAAUUUUGAAAGAGCUGCCGGUGCUGUCGGGGAGUGUGGAAACGGUUGGAUCGAUAAGCUAUGCCUCUCAGGAGCCCUGGAGUUUCAAUAAUAGUGUCCGAAAUAAUAUACUCUUUGGUACCGAAUAUAACGAAUCCCGAUAUAAGCGAGUGGUAGAGGUGUCCGCUUUGGAGCGAGAUUUCCAAUUAUUUCCGUUCGGAGACAAGACAUUAGUCGGUGAGAGAGGGGUAUCGCUAUCGGGGGGACAGAAGGCCCGCAUCACGUUAGCCAGAGCUCUGUACCGAAACUCAGACAUCGUAUUAAUGGACGACCCGUUGAGUGCUGUCGACACUAGUGUUGCCGAACAUAUAUUUGAUAAGUAA